AUGACGAUGAGUAGUUCAGUUGAUGAAAUAGAAUAUUUGGCUACUGAAAUCAUAACUAAUUCAAAACCGGUUUCAUAUCACAAGUUUUCUCGUCAACUCAACAUCCAUUUAUCUAAAGCCAAAGCAACAUUACUUGAAUAUUACCAAAAAAACAAAAGUGAUCUAACAGCGACCUUUAUUGUGACUGGCGACAAUGACAGUGGGAAAUUAAUUAAACUAUCAAAUGAAGAUGAGUUGGAGUCGGAUUUAAAAAAGUUCAACACAGUUCGUUGUGUUCACAUUUAUUGUGUUUCCAAGAAACUGCUUCAGUUUUCAACUAACGAACUUGCAUUAGAAGAAUUGAAACAUUCAAGUUCUUUAAAUAAGAUUUCUGAAUACGAAAAGAAUGGGAUUAUUAUUGGACCAAAAAUCGAAAACGUUAUCCCUGCUAAUAUCUCCUCAUCUCCUGUGAAACCAGAGCCAAGUCAAAUGAACAAAUCAACUGAAGAAAAGAAAUCUAGUUCAAGUUUACUAUCUUCAUAUGUAUCCCGAAAACAAGAAAAGAAACAGCAGGAUAAAACAAGAGCUGGAACGUUGUCAAAUUAUGUAUCACGGAAAACUGAAUCGACAAUUCCAAGUAAAAGAUCAAACACAGAACCUCCUACCAAACCAACAUAUCAAUACAAAUCACGAAAACUCGAAGCCAAAGCACCAAAGGAAAGAGUGAUAAUUGCUGAAAAUAAUGAUAAUGAUAAUGAAGAAGAAGAGGAUGAUGAUGAUGAUGAUAAGCCAAUUAAAGCCUCACGUGCCACAAAUACAUCAGACCUUCAGAGAAUGUUUGAUGGUGAUGAUUUCACUUUUAGUGAUGAUGAUGAUGAUGAUGAUGAUGAUCAAUCACCAGAAAAAGCAAAUAAAGAGGUGGAAGAACCAAAAAUUGAAGAUAAAAAAGAUAUUUUACCUGAAACACCGAAAGAACAACAAAGCAAGGAAGCCAGCCCUGAAAGGGAACAAGGACUUUUUGUUAAUGAAGAAGAAGAACAAGAAGAAGAACACGAAGAAGAAGAAAAACCUGCUGAAGAACAAGAAGAAUUUGUUACAGAAAAAGAUGAAGAUGGAUAUCUUAUUACAAGAAAAGUAAAACCUAUAACAAAACAAGCAAAGCCCAAGAAACAUAUUGCUCCUCCAAAAGUUACCAAACCUUCAACGGGGAAGAAAACAGGAAUGAAACAAUCUUCAUUAAUGAAUUUUUUUGGAAAGAAAAAGUGA